UGAGGGGGAGCUAAGCGGAGUCUGGACAGGCUCCGCGGUGCCGGUACGCGGGGCUGCGGGGGGUGGGUAGCGAAGGCAGCCGGCUGCCAUUGUGGGCACAGACCCUAGGCUGGACCCCUGCGUCGCGGCCUGGACACCGGAUCCGGCAAGGCGCGUUGUAUUGCAGUAGUGCCUAGAGACCACAACUGAGAUCAGUGCAUUGUUGGGCUAAGCACUACCAAAAAAAAAAGGAGAAAAACUACCUGAAUACUACUUCUCUAGUUCUUGUGAAGGGGUGAAAGUGUCCUCUUGGCUACCUGACUCAAUGAGAAGGAAGAAUUUUUCCAUUCCACCCAGCCGGACCACUAGAUUUCACCACACUUGCCUGUGGCCGCUCCUGUGGGAUAAGCUGAGACGGAAGCAUCCAGCAGUGGCUUUCACAUCUUUACCUGCCAUGAUGAAAAGUUGCAUAAGAUCUUCCCUGAUCUACAUGUAAUCAACAAAUUUGUCAAACUCCUGUGUGAUCUACAACCUUCACAAGUAGACAAAAUGAAGCUAAAGCAUACUAUCAAUCCUGUUCUUCUUCAGUUAAUACACUUGAUAAUAUUGGUAUACUCAUUUAUAACAUACAUUCCAUGGUACAUACUAUCUGGCUCAAGACAGACUGUAGCAAAAUCAAAACAAAUUAAAGCCAAACCUGUGAAAAACAAACCUGGUAGUCCAUACAGGUCUGUUAACAGUUUGCAUUGCUUAGCUUCAGUUUUAUAUCCUGGAUGUGACACACUUGACAAAGUUUUCAAGUAUGCUAAAACUAAAUUUAAGGACAAAAAACUCUUAGGAACACGUGAAGUCCUAAAAGAGGAAGAUGAAAUCCAGCCCUCUGGAAAAAUUUUUAAAAAGGUCAUCCUUGGAAAAUACGCUUGGCUCUCAUAUGAUGAAGUCUAUGUUAAAGCUACUAAUUUUGGAAAUGGCUUAGCAGUAUUGGGGCAGCAAUCGAAGACUAACAUUGCCAUCUUCUGUGAGACUAGAGCAGAGUGGAUGAUUGUUGCACAGGCCUGCUUUAUGUGCAAUUACCAACUUGUUACACUGUAUGCUACGUUAGGAGGCCCAGCAAUAGUACAUGGACUAAAUGAAAGUGAGGUGACAACCAUCAUUACUAGUAAAGAACUGAUGCAAACAAAAUUGAAGGAAAUUGUUUCUCAGGUUCCACUAUUGAGGCAUAUUAUUACUGUGGAUGGCAAACCAACAACAUGGUCAGAAUUCCCGAAGGGUAUCAUUGUUCACACUAUGGCUUCCGUGCAAGCAAUGGGGGCCAAGGCAGAUAAUGUAAGCAAACAGCAGGCCAGGCCUGUACCCUCAGAUAUUGCAGUAAUCAUGUAUACAAGUGGAUCUACAGGACUUCCAAAAGGAGUCAUGAUUUCUCAUUGCAACCUUAUUGCUGGUAUAACUGGGAUGGCUGAAAGAAUUCCUCAUUUGGGGGAAAAAGACAUUUAUAUUGGAUAUUUGCCUCUUGCUCAUGUUCUGGAAUUAAGCGCUGAACUUGUUUGUCUGUCUCAUGGAUGCCGUAUUGGCUACUCAUCGCCCCAGACGUUAGCUGAUCAGUCCUCUAAAAUAAAGAAAGGAAGCAAAGGAGAUGUUACUAUUCUCAGACCUACACUAAUGGCAUCUGUACCGGAAAUCAUGGAUCGGAUCUACAAAAAUGUCAUGAAUAAAGUGAAUGAAAUGUCCAGUUUCCAAAGGAAUCUGUUUAUAUUGGCCUACAAUUACAAAAUGGAACAGAUUUCAAAAGGCUAUACUACGCCUCUUUGUGACAGCCUUAUUUUCCGGAAAGUACGAAUGCUGCUAGGUGGUAAAAUUCGCACCCUACUUUGUGGAGGAGCUCCACUUUCUGCUGCAACUCAGAGAUUUAUGAACAUCUGUUUCUGUUGCCCUGUGGGACAGGGAUAUGGACUAACUGAGUCAGCUGGGGCUGGAACAAUCACUGAAGUUUGGGACUACACUACAGGGAGAGUAGGGGCUCCUUUGGUUUGCUGUGAAAUCAAAUUAAUGAACUGGGAAGAAGGUGGAUAUUAUAAUACUGAUAAACCAUAUCCUAGAGGUGAGAUUCUUAUUGGAGGCCAAAAUGUGACCGUGGGCUACUACAAAAACGAAGAACGAACCAAAAAAGAUUUCACUGUGGAUGAGAAUGGACAGAGGUGGCUCCAUACUGGAGACAUUGGGGAGUUCCAUGCAGAUGGAUGUCUAAAAAUAAUUGAUCGUAAGAAAGAUCUUGUAAAACUCCAGGCUGGAGAAUACGUCUCUCUUGGCAAAGUUGAGGCAGCUUUGAAGAAUCUGCCACUGGUAGAUAAUAUUUGUGCAUAUGCAAGCAGUUUCCAGUCGUAUGUCAUUGCAUUUGUUGUGCCAAAUCAAAAGGAGCUUACAGAGCUAGCUCGGAAGAAAGGAUUUAAAGGAACCUGGGAAGAGAUCUGUACCAGUUCUGAAAUGCAAAAUGAGGUACUGAAGGUAGUAGCUGAAGCUGCUAGCUCAGGUGAGCAGUCAGCUCAUCUGGAGAAAUUUGAAAUACCAUUGAAAAUUCAUUUAAGCCCUGAUCCUUGGACUCCUGAGACUGGUCUGGUGACAGAUGCCUUCAAAUUAAAACGCAGAGAGCUCACAUCGCACUACCAGGUGGACAUUGAUCGAAUGUAUGGAAAAACAAAAUAAUUUUUUUCCUGCUCUUCUUUGCUACAGUGAGCUCAGAUCAAAUAGGAAAUACUUGAAUCUCAUGUCUCUGUACUUGAGACCAACACACAAAAACACCAUUCCUCAUUUUCAGCUUAAACUGUUACUUCUGAUAACAUCAACCUCUUUACCUGUCAGGAUUAGUAAAAUGUUAAGGCAGCAAACUUGUGUCUGUCUCCUUCUUUCCAGUAUUCUCUGUUACCCUGUCAAUAUGUAGAUUUUCCUGAGUUCUUUUGGGAAACUGUGAUUUUGAAGCCUCAAGUUUUUAAAUAUGAUUUAUAAAUCCUGUAUAAUGUUCUGUUUGCAACUUUUUAAAGUUUGGAUGUAUAGGCAGAUAACUUGGCUAUGUAAGAAAUGGUUAUUCUGGGGGCCUUUUUAUAUAAAUAUUUAAAUAUAAAAAGUGAUUGACGUGAAAUUAUGUAAUCUGAAAAUGCUUAUAACUCAAAUCACUGUUGGACGGAAGACCAGAUUAUUUGUUGCUGUGCAAUUGUUCUUUGUAAAUUUAAGAAAGAAAAAGUCUGACAUUCUGACUUGUGAAAUACACCUGAAAUAUGUGCCUGAUGGUUGAUCUUAAAUAUUUUAUUUUUUACCUAAAAAAGAAAGGUGAGCAUGGCACAGCACUGUAUAUAAGUAGACAGCCCUGGAGAAUGUGUUGUUUGAGGCUUUAUUAAUGCAAAAAAUGCUAUUUAACACACCAAAAACUACACCCGUGAAUAAUCUGUCUAAUAUUGAAAUUCACGUUUAAAAUAUCUUCAGGCCAUUUUGUACAGAAGUUAUAUUGUUUAAAACUUGUGAGAACUUUUAAGUGUUAAGUAAAAUGAAUUUAGAAAGUUUGCCGGGACUUCAACAAAAAUCAUCUCUUUUCUCAUCAGCCUUACAUACACAAUUCAGGUUUUCUGUUUUGUUGCUUGUAAAUCAUUGAUAAUAGUCAUGUUCAAACCUAGCUGCAGCCCAAAUCUUUUGGAGGGAAAUUUCUUAAAGGCCUAAAUGUCCAGUUAGGUACCAGUUGGAAUUGGGCACCUAACUCCCAUUUGUGCCUUUGAAAAUCUCCCCCUAAAUUAAUAAUUUCACGUUCUUUUGUUUAUAUUUUUUCUUUCUUUGAAGGCAAAUUCUCUGAAGUAUUGUCAGUUAAGAGUCAUAUUUAUUUUACCUGCUUGGUUGUUUAAUUGUUGCAACCAAAUUCUUGAGUUAGUUGAUUAUAAAUAGUCCUGUGAAGCUUUCAUUUUGAGAAUUCUGGGUGCAAGCUAGGUCUAAAGUGGGAGCCUCUAGAUUGGUUUCAGAUAUGUAUUUUAUUAUUAGUUUUUUAAUAUAUUAAUUUAGAGAAAAAUUUUGUGAUGGACCAGAUAUUAAAAGGGCUUUAAUUUGCUGAAAUGUCUUUCCUCAUAUGGUUUAUGUAGUUACAAUGUAAAAAGUCAGGUCUUUAUGCUUGCUUGAUGCAAUAGUUUGAUAACAAAGCAUUGGCUGUACAAAAGACAUGAAGUACUUAAAACCACCCUUUUCUGCAGUUAGCAUUGGUAAAGCUUUAACUUGGGAGUUUUUGGAGAAGGUUUCACACACACUCUGAUGAAAAAAAUUAAUUCUGAAGUAUAUGAAAAUUGACACUCUGUGCAGUUGUAUAGGAGACCAAAGUCAAGUAGGUUCCUUGUGCUGGUGAAAGCUGAAUGUAUCAUACCUAGUUUCAGUCACUUAAAUAACAGAAGAGUGAGCUGUAUUUUUAAUAGCUGUUACUGAAUUGCAAAGGGUUUGCACUAUUGUUGGUGCUGGAGAACUCUCUGCACCUUUUGGUGAGGUUUGGUGUAUUUAGUCAAAUGGAAUUGUCAGAAUUAAAGGGGUUCAAAAUCACAUUUGUAUCAGAAAUGAGGUAAUGAGGCUAUACAUCAUACAUAUGUAAUCCAGGCUGUACAUCAUCUGAAUGUUAAGGAAGUUAUAAACACAUGAUAGAUAUAUACAGAUAAGA